GGUACAAAUUCGUGCAGUCUUGGUAACUCAAUUAUCCAUCUGCAGCGCUCGGCAAUACUUGCAGCGCUGCGACGCCAAGACCUGCACAGGACGUCACGCACGAACCGGCGCCGGUCAACCCAACACGAUGUGGACCCUCCUGCUGAGCGCUCUGUGCCUCUUCGCUGUCAAAGUGGAUGCACAGGGCACCUGGAUGAAGGGCCGGGGCACCAUGUACGGGAAUGACGCCUGGUCCAUCCAUAAGGGCUCGUGUGGCUACGGGUACAUCUAUCCAACGGAUCCGCUGGGAUGGAAUGUUAUGGCCAUGCCCGACGUGGCCCCUGAGUACGCUGACUCAUGUGGCAGCUGCUACGAGGUCAAGUGCGACCCCAGCACCUUCACCGAUGGGUACGGCCAGGCACUUGAUCGCACGCAAGCGUGCUAUGACGCCGAUGCCUCGUUGGUAUUCCGCGUGACCGACACUUGCCCCUGUGUUUAUCCAGAGAACGCAUACAGCAACAAGCGUUGGUGCUGUGGUGACAUGCCGCAUUUUGACUUGUCGAUCUGGGGUUUUGAGCGGCUGGCCAGCACUAAGUGGGGCGUGAUUGGCCUCAAGUACCGCAGCGUGCCGUGUGACUACGUCCCGAUGAAAGGGGCGCCCACAAUCGCCAACCCGACUCCUGGCGAGCAGCCCCCAAGCACGGCAAAGCAGCCGGUGCGCGAUUGGCCUGAGCUCGCCAACACCACCGCCACGUCUGCUUACAGCGGCGGCCUUGCGCCUGGCUGGUCCGACCAGUCGUACAACGUCAAGGUCUUGGAGCACACCAUGGUCAUGCCCGCCAUGAACGGCAACGGGUCCGCCAUGUGCACAUCCACUCAACCCAAGGGCGCAAUUUCGCUCAAAAGCCCAAGCGGCGCAUUCCAGGCGCACGUCGCGCUGGAGCUCUGGAUUUAUAUGGGCACGGAGUCCGCCCUUGCAAAGGGCGAGACAGUCGUUACCGUUGGCGGUCCGCAAGGCGACUGCAGUGUGGUGGACCUUGCGGACGUCAGGGCGUCUGGCUUCAAGCCCCGCUGCACUGGAUGCGACGACUACUAUUGGAGGUUCGAAGUCUACCUUAGCGCCUUCGCCGGCUACGGGCCCGAGAGCAUUAUCAACAACGCAAACUACUUCCGGGGCUGCGGAGGCAACACCGUGAGCCAGCUCAAUUACGUAGAAGUCCGCAACUACCGCUCAGUGGCUGUGGACAUGUGCGUGGACCACAUAGCGCUGGUGUAGUAGAUAGUGGGGGCUGAGCAGCCAGUACAUGGGGUUGUCCCAUCCUUGAGGCUAUCUCGUGUGAUCGCUUUGUGAAUUGUCGCAAUGAUGCAUCAGGCCAUGAACUGAGAGCGGUGUGGCGCGUGAACAUGGUCGUGACUGCGUACCUCAAUGGCGCCGUAAGCGAAGCAUGUUUCAUUGAGGUGGGAGGAUGCUUACAAGCGACCGAGGCUCGUGUUUCUAUCGCCUGCACAUGACCACAGCUAUGCGCAGACGCAGGCGCAGGCAUAUACAGACCGGUGCAGGCUCAUAGCGGUACGCGCCUCCACAUAGAAGUCCUCUCCGCUGUUGACGUGGAUCUGCCGCCCACGCCCCUAGUGCCGUGUACGCAAACGAACAACGUGCAUCGCCUGCACAUCAUGUCAUGUAAUGUACAAGCUAUCCUGGGCCUCAAUCUAGAUGCCACAUCUGCUUGUGCUCUCAACGGCACCCGCCAAGGCUUGGAUGAAGGACUGUGCAGCUAUGGCACAACGCUAGUCCAGUCUCCACCAUGCACGCCCGCACGCUGACCUCUCCCACGGGAUCCACGCACAGAGUGGCACCUGAGCUGGCGAACAGCCCACAACUCAACGCGCUGCCACCAGCUUAAGACACUUCACCCGC